AUGGAUAAUAUUCACACAGCUCUUAAACUCAUCACAAGAGAUUGUUGGAUGGCCUCACUGGACUUGAAAGAUGCGUACUAUAGUGUACCUAUCCAUCCUGCUUCUCAAAAGUUUUUAAAAUUUUCGUACAAAGGUACUUUACUUAAAUUCACUGUUUUCCCGAAUGGCCUCUCAUCCUGCCCAAGAAACUUUACAAAACUCUUUAAACCAGUUUUAGCUACCCUAUGUGUGAAAGGUCACAUUAUCAUCAUUUACAUUGAUGACUUAUUCUUGGUUGGUCAUUCAUAUGAACAGUGUGUAAAUACUGUCAUUGAAACACUAAUUCUACUAGAAAAAUUGGGGUUUGUCAUUCACUCUUCGAAAUCGGUGUUUAUUCCUUGUCAAGAAAUAACCUUUCUUGGCUUUUUGCUAAAUUCUCAUGAAAUGACUAUCCGCCUUACCGAGGAAAAGAUAGCCAAACUAACUGUUCUUAUUACAAACAUUCUGUCAUCUGCAAAUAGAAUUAAAAUCAGAAUGGUUGUCCAGGUCAUUGGCCAUAUGGUAGCCAGUUUUCCAGCAGUUGAAUUUGGCCCGUUAUAUUACCGUAGUCUUGAAAAAGAUAAAAGCACAGCCUUAUCGGCGCAUAAGGGUAAUUUUGAGGCCUCCAUGACCAUUUCCCACCAAGGGAAGGCUGAAUUAAAUUGGUGGUUAAAAAACCUAAAGAAUUCUCACAAAAACUUUCUUCUAACCCCAAUUGACAUGGUGCUUUACUCAGGUUGGGGUGCAGCCCUGGGGGAACAAUCCACAGGUGGAAACUGGUGCCAACAGGAGACUGAACUCCAUAUAAAUGUACUUGAAAUGAAAGCAGCUUAUUUUGCCCUAAAAUCAUUUGUCUCAAAACUAACAGGCAAACACGUUAAACUUAUGCUGGACAACAGUACUGCAGUGUUUGUAAUUACUAACAUGGGCACUAGCCACAAUGAGGUGCUGAAUAGAAUUGCCGUUGAAAUUUGGGAAUUUUGCAUGACUAACAAAUUGAAACUUACCGUAGCUCAUUUACCUGGGUCAGAUAACAUCAUUGCCGACAAAGAAUUUCGCCAUAUUUAUCGUGAAGCUGAAUGGAUGUUAAAUCCAUGUCACCUCCAAACAGCAAUAAAAAGAUUUGCCUUUAAACCAGAAAUUGAUUUAUUUGCAUCCCGCAUAAACAAACAGUUCCCCAAGUACUGCUCAUAUCGGCCUGACCCAGAAGCAAUGCACAUUGACGCUUUCUCUAUUUCUUGGAGCACGCUAAAUUUCUACUGUUUUCCCCCAUUUAGCUGCAUUUUGCAAACAGUUCAAAAGAUUAUACAGGAAAAAGCCACAGGCAUCCUGGUAAUCCCAAACUGGCCAACACAACCCUGGUACCCUCUCAUUGCACCCCUUCUAAUGCAACCUCCUCAGGUCUGCCCACCAUCGCAGACACUCCUUCAACUUCCAGCUGCUCCAGCAGAGUCACAUCCACUUGCCAAAAAGUUAGAACUGAAAAUAUGUCUUGUAUCAGGCAACAACUCACCACAAUAG